UAGCGGUGGAAAGCCUCCUCUAAAGAAAAACGAAGCUUGUUUUUACUCUACAGCUGCAUAUUUAUUCACAGGGUUACAUUUGCUCGUCUUUGCUCUAAAGAAGAUGGAUUCCUCCCAGUUUCCAGAGGAGGUUUCUGAGAGGAAAGUGUGUGUUGUCGGCUCGGAGCUGGUGGAAAACUACACAGUCUACAUCAUCGAGGUGACGGAUGGAGAACACAAAUGGACUGUGAAGCACAGAUACAGCGACUUCCACGACCUCCACGAGAAGCUGACAGCAGAGAAGAAGGUGGACAAACGGCUGCUGCCUCCGAAGAAGAUGUUGGGGAAGAACUCGAAGAGUCUGGUGGAGCGGCGGCAGAAGGAGCUGGAGCUCUACCUGCAGACGCUGCUACAGCAGUUCCCACAGGCCACUCCCACUCCACUCGCCUGCUUCCUGCACUUUCACCUUUAUGAAAUCAACGGCAUCACAGCAGCACUGGCUGAGGAGUUGUUUAAUAAAGGUGAGCAGCUGCUGCAGGCUGGCGAGGUGUUUUCUCUGUGUCCUCUGCAGCUUUACUCCGUCUCCCAGCAGCUCCGUCUGGCCAAACCGACCUGCUGCAACGGAGACGCCAAAACUGACCUGGGACACAUUCUCGACUUCACCUGCAGGCUGCGAUACCUCAAGAUCUCUGGCACCACAGGUCCAGUGGGAACCAGUAACAUCCAGGAGAGCAGUCUCUCCUUCGAUUUGUCUUUUUUCAAAUCACUGCUGCAGAUAGAGAUCAGUGAGUGCAGCUCUCAGCAAAUUCAAGGUUUGUCGUCUCUGAGGUCGAGUCUGGCAACUCUGACGAUUCACCACUCCACAGAAACUAUGAUGUCGAUCCUGGUCCCGGAGGCGAGCGAGUUCUCACAGUGGGAGGUGGAGGGGGCGGAGUCUGGCUGUGCCGUCACCGCCGUCAUCCCCGUGUGGAGAAACCUGACCACGCUGGACAUGAGCAACAACUGCAUCGGCACCAUCGACAGCUCAGUGAAACUGAUUCCUAAGGUGGAGUUUCUCGAUCUGAGUCGCAACCAGCUGUCCUCAGUGGAAAACCUCCAGCACUUGUACAACCUGGUCCACGUGGAUCUGUCCUACAACAACCUGCAGGUCCUGGAAGCUGCUCACACCCGUUUAGGGAACAUCAAAACGCUCAGCCUGGCCGGCAACCAGCUGGACCAGCUGACCGGUCUCACUAAGCUCUACUCUCUGGUGAAUCUGGACCUCAGCCACAACCAGCUGGCUCAGUUGGAGGAGAUCAAGAACAUCGGCUCUCUGCCCUGUUUGGAGAAACUCAACGUGUCCAAUAAUCCCAUGUGCAUCAUCCCCGACUACAGAACCAAAGUCCUGGCCCAGUUUGGAGACCGUGCAGCAGAGGUUUGUCUGGACGGUAAAGUGACGACAGAGAAAGAGUUGGACACGGUGGAAGUGUUGAAAGCCAUUCAGAAAGCCAAAGAAGUCAAAGACAGGAUGAGCAGUGGUGAUAAGAAGAUCAGUGAGGAGACCAGGUUGUCUACUGCUGCACCUCCUCACCUCUCCUCCUCCUCCUCUUCCUCCUCUACCCCCUCCUCCUCCUCAUGCUGCUCCUCUGCUGUCGCUCCUCCUGCUGUCUCUUCCUCCUCCUCUUCUUCCUCUUCCUCUUCCAACUCCUCCUCUUCUUGCCCGGCCCAGCAGGCUGCCUGCCCCAGCCAAGAAGUGACGAGCAGAGAAGAAGCAGCAGUUCCCCCCAGCGUUCUCCCUCCUGUGGACGCUGCACCUCCCCCUGCAAGCUCUAACACCAACACACACCUUCUGUCUGCUGACCCCGCCCAGGUACAACAACCUACUGUCAGUCUGUCUGAACACACACACUGUGAAACUCCUACAAGCACUACUACAACCACAACUACUACUACUACUGUCUGCUGCGUCUGCUCUUCUUCCUCUUCCACACAAAUUGAAACCAUUUGCUCCACCUGCAGCGCCGCCCCGUGUCCUCUUCUUCCUACUCGCCUGCUCUCCCUCUCUUCCUCCAACAAAGACUUCAUUACUCAGCUCUCCCAGCGUCUCGGCUCCACCUGGAAGGAGCAGAAGAAGAUAAAAGAGGAGGAGGAGGAGGAGGAGAUGGAGGAGGAGGAGGAGAGGGUGGAGAGAAUAGAGAGGAGGUCUGAAUCCAGAGAGGUUCAGUCUCAUGUAGAAGGCACAGAGGUGGGAAGUCCCAGUCCAGGGUCCAGGGACGGCUACUUUGAGAUGGGUCUGGAUGAUUCGGUUGAGGAGUCGGUCUGCUCCACCUCCUCCUCGCUCUCCGCUCCUCCUGCAGUGCCUGGCGACCCGGUGGAGCUGCGUGAAGGGGAGGAGGAGGAGGAAGAAGAGGAGGAAGAGGAGGAGGUGCAGGUCCGCAAGGUUCUGUGGUGCUACUGUCUUCAGGUGAAGGAGGAGGUGGAGCAGAAGAAGGCCUGUCUGGUGCUGAUGGACCGGCUGCUGGCCCUGCUGUACCUGUCUGAAGAUUUCACGUGGACCAAUCAGGACACAGACCAGCAGCAGAGUCCGGCCAUAGAGGAGGUGCUGUCCAGCCUGCAGAUGGACCUCCUGCUGCCCUACUCCCACCUCCUGCUCUCCUCACGGGCUGAGCUCCCCGACUCCUGUCUCGCCUUCGGGCUCCGGGACGGUCCGACCCGCUGGUACAUCUUCUCUGAUGCCAACGAGCUGCGGCAGACCAGGACCGAGCUGACAGCGCUGAUCCAGGCUGCAGAGUCUCAGGCUGAUCCGGAGCCUCUCAACACUCCUCAACUCCUCCCCCGCUUGCUCCUAAACUCCUGGGAGCUGGAGGAGAGUCAGGCUGCCCAGGGAGGCUACACUGCCCACCUCCUCCCCCUUUCCUCCUCCUCCUCCUACUCUUCCUCCUCUGCACCAGACACCCACCCACUCCUUUCAGACAUCUUAUCUAAGAAAGAGGAGCCCACACUCCCGUCUCUCCUCUUCCUCACCCACCGACAACUCUGGGUGCUGAAGAUGGACUUCAGAGAGCUAGCAAAAAGAGAGAGGAGCCUUCAUCACCCCUCCUCCUCCUCCUCCUCUCUGUCCUGGUGCAAGCUGGUCCGCGUGCCCCUCGGCUCUGUGGUGCUUCACCCCAGAGAGAGAGAUCAUCAGUUUGGGGACAAAACUAGCAACACGUCCUGCCCCGACCCAAAACACCACCACAGGAGGAGUCACACCGUGGAGCUGCUGCUGGGCGGUCAGAGGCUGCUGCUGCUCUUCCCUCUGGCCCAGGACAGAAGCUCUUUCCUGGAGGAGCUGAGCCAGCGGAGAGCCUCUCUGGAGGGGCUGAAGAUGGUCGCUCUGCCUCAACCCUGCAAACAACACACACAAGGCCGUCACAGAUCCAGAGACCAGUGCUGCUGCACCAGUACCAAGAAAUCUCACAGCUCCAGCAGCUGGGACUCCUCCUCUCUACAGGUUGAGGAGAACCAACCUUCCCCGCAUCUCAACCCGGGUCUCUCCCCAGGAUUGAAGCUCCUGGCUGGGCUCGGAGGACAACAGCUGUUGCCUUACUUUCACAGAUACAUAGCACUGUCUGAGGCGGAGGAGGUGAGACAGGUCCUGUGGCUGUCUGUGGUUCUCUACAAGUCUCCAGAGACUGAGCUCACCUGCUACCUGCUGCUCUCCAACGACACAAUCUACUUCCUGUUGGAAGACUCCGCCUCCACACUCGGCCAUCAUUCAGUGUUGGACAUAACGGACUCUGGAGAUCCAGACGUCUGUCUGUGCUGCUGCCUGUCCGUCAGACUCUCUGAGCUGCUGUCAGUCAAUGUGGGACUCUUCGACCAGUACUUCAGAGUCGUAGGUCAUUCGGCCGAUCACAUCGUCUGCUGUCUCAGCAGGGACAGUUACGGGACGGGCGUCUUCCUGCAGGAGCUGAUGUCAGCUCUCAGUCUGCAGCAGCAACUUCCUGCUCCAGAGCCGUCAGAUCAAGACUUUUACUCUCAGUUCGCCAACACAAACACAGGUAAAAUGCAUAACUACGAGCUGGUCCACAGCAGCAGGGUGAAGUUUAUUUAUCCCAGUGAGGAGGAGAUGGGAGACCUGACCUUCAUCGUGGCAGAGAGGAAGACUCCGGCCAGUGCAGCGUCCUCAUCCUCACGCUCGUUCAACGUCCUGCUGUACCUGCUGGUCUUUCAGGUCCAGAUCCCCAGCACUCUGUCUGGCCAAGGCUCUGCCCUCAUAGGCCCUUCCUCCUUCUCUGGCUCCGCCUCCUCACCUGUACUCCAACCCAGGACUCUGAUCCUGACCAGCACUGAUGUGUUCCUAUUGGACGAGGACUACAUAAACUAUCCGCUGCCGGAUUUUGCCAAAGAACCUCCUUCCAGGGAGCGGUACCAGCUGCGUGAGGCUCGGAGGAUCCGGGACUUAGACCGGGUCCUGCUGGGCUACCAGACGUACCCUCAGGCUCUGACCCUGGUGUUUGACGACCUGCCCGGCCCCGACCUGCUCUGCCACCUCACCAUGGACCAUUUCGCAGCCGGAGGGGAGGAGGCCUCACUCAGGGCGGGUGGAGCCAGCGGGGGAGCGGAAGGCGAGGUCCAGUGGUGCGUCUUCGUCCCCGGAGCCGACAGCAGAGAGAGACUGAUUUCACUCCUCGCUCGCCAGUGGGAGGCGCUCUGCAGCCGGGAGCUUCCUGUUGAGCUCACCGGCUGAUUGGUCGACGUGGGAAGACCGACAGAUAGAUGACGGUUCAGCACCUUGUAUAUUGGUGGGAGCUUAUUGUUUACAGAUGGUUUUAUUUACUUUUAAAAGGCCUCAAUAUGCUUCAAGUGCAGUUGCAAAGCGUCAUCUGACCACCUCCUAAAAGCUUUUCCAGCUGUUCUUAAAGGCCGUACAGAUGGUCCGUGAAUCAUUUAAACAGGGAUAGAUGUGCAACUUUUUUAGACAGUCCAGUCAAAAGCAUUCAUGUUGGGUUGCUCAGAUCACAUAAAAAUAAGUUAUUAUAACAAAUAUUUAUCAUGAGAUCAGACAAAUAAUUUGAAUUGUAUCGUGUAGAUUUUUAUUAUUUAUUACAAUCAAAGCUAAGUUAAAAAAAAAAAAAGCAAUCUAAAUGCCCGAGAAACACUCGACUAAGCACUGCCAGUGUGGAUUACCCUUUAUAAGUUUACAUUUUCUAGGUUAGCAGUUUGCAUUAAGUAGUGCUUGAUGGACUUUGUGUCUUGUGCACGACCUGGCAUUGAGAGUAGAAAUGAAGCACACUUUCAGUCUCUCCUCACAGAUGUUUAUGGUGUUAAACACAGUUGUUCAUGUGACAAGUGACAAAGGUUGUGUAAAGAAUUAAAAAGAAACAGGGUGUGAGUAAGUUCAAUCCCCGUGUAAAGUUGACAUGAUUGUCAAAUUUGCUGUAUCAGAAAGUUGCAAAACUUUGGUGGAUGCAGAUCUGCUAAUUCUGCUGCUUAUAAGGGUGGAGGAGGAGGAGGAGGAGGAGGAGGAGGAGGAGGGGUGGUGGUGUUGGCAGACGCUGUUGAACAGUUCAACAAGCACUUUGUUUUGAAGCAUAUUGAGGCCUUUAGUCUUUAUUCUUACAGAUUGAAAGGGAUGUGGCGCUGCACACACACCAUUUGGUGUCUGCCAUAGGAAAAAAAAAAGAAAAAAAACUGAGGGUAGGGAUACCCAGCGGACACUUGACUGCCAUUACAGACAGUCGGAGAGGCCUGUGACCUCAGAAGGAGCCGAUAUAGUGGAAGUUUCUGGCUCAACUUCAUCUGCUUUCAAAGGAGAUUUACAGAUGUGUUGUGUGACAGACAGACAGACAGACAGACAGACGGACAGACGGACAGGUGUUGCUCUGCAGGGGGCGCUGCAGACAGUCCACAGGAGUUUACUAGAUUUUAUUCAGCAUCAUCUUAAAGAAACAGUUUUUCAUUUUUGGUAAAUCCUCUUGUCCUCUGUCCUCUCCAGACUCAGAUGAGAAGAUGGAUAUCAGUUUGGAUGCAGGAGGAAACUGUUAGCCUUUCUCAGUCAAAAGAAAAACAAACAAAUCCAACAACUCCAAAGCUGCCUGAUUUACAUGUUGUUAUUUAUGUGAAGUUGCUCUUAAAACCAAAAUACACUUUUAUACAUUUCAGUGUUCAGUCUGAUUCUGGGUGAGGCGACGAGAGGAUUUACCAAAUUGUUGUUUUAAGUAACGCACAUGCACACACACACACACACACACACACACACACACACACACACACACACACACACACACACACACACACACACAAACACACACACACACACACCGAACUGCUGCUCGGCACAAUCUGCUCACAUUUUAUUCCUUGCACAUUCUAAUUAAUGAAGCAGUAUUAAUUAACUGUAUAUUGAAGCUUUUUAAUAAUAUUAUAUUAAUAUAAUUGUUGCUUUGGGACAGACGGAUGUUUUCAAUCCUGGAGCUGAUUUUGUAAUAAUCACGAAGGUCUUGAUGAUAUACACAAACUCUGAAAUGUCAUAAUUAGUAUUAUCAUUGAGUAUUAUUUUUUUUAUAUUUUCUUUGUGUUUCUUUGUUUUAUUCAUAUUGUAUGUUAUGUUUUUCGUAUAUUAUUAUCGACAAAUGGGAAGCCAACCAUAACCAGCGUUGGACCCCCGCACCCUUCACCACUGUUGUCUACGUGUUGUCUUGUUAAAGGGUAAUGCCACUGAAUUAAAGUGAAAAUGAAAACUUCACAUUUUACAAUAAUUCCUGUUUGGUUGAGCAAACGGUGGUUUAGUUCUUCGAAAAUCAGCAGGAUUUAACCACAGUCUGCUCACUUUUCAGCUGAUUCAGUGAUUAAACCAGAAAACCAGUCUGAGUGCUGGACCAACAAGAUGUGAGUCACUCCACGAAUGCUAACUGAGCUGACAUGCCAUGAUGGAUGCAGUCACUGCAAAAGUCUAUUGUGUUAAUGUUUUAUUAAGUCUAGAAAGCUGACAACGCUGUGAGCAUUUCAAGACGGGGUUGUUGUUGGAACAUGAACUUAUGACCUAAGUCUUUCUAAACUCCUGUCCCGGUCGUAAACUAUCAGAGGUGAUAAAAAAAAUAUCUCAAAAACAUGCAAAAAAAGAAAGAAUUCAACAAAUGUUCUCGUCAGCACUUCAUCAUUCUGGCCGCUCACAGAGGUUUUGAUGACUUGGCGAUUCAGCAGCACGAAAAGCAUUGCCACCUUUCAACUCAUUUGACUUCCUCUGUUUCCUGUCUGUCGGAGCGGCUCAUCAUGAAGUUCGGCUGAUUUCCUGUUCAGGGACACUUAAACAGACCAAGGGCAGAGAUACUGUACCAGGAAGUGUCUGAUCAGCAAAACUAGCUAUCUGACCUCUGAUUGGCAUUCCAGUAAGUCAACUGACCGAUUUCAGUCUUUGCCUUCAUGGGAAGAAUAACUGUACCAGAAGAAGGUCAUACUCCAUUUAUCAAAUCUUUAUCACAUGAUAAGUUUGCAUUCAAACAGAAUUGGUGUUUGGAACAAAGUGACAAGAUCUUGGUGCUUUUUGGGUAACAGUCAGGCUGGGAAACCUUUCUGGAAAACAUGUUUAUUACCUUUACUGCAGGGUUGUAAUUAAUGAUUAUAUUCCUCAAUAAAUGGAUUAGU